AUGGUGAUGCUCCUCGCCCAGCAGGCCAAAGCUGCCAAGCUCGCCUCGCAAGAGGACCCUGCCGUCAAAGAUGACAACGCGAACAUCAGCGACUUUGUGGUGCAACUCCAGGAUGAGCUGAAGAGCAUGGUGGACAACGUGAUCAAGGCGGCAGCGACAUCCGAUGCUGCCUGCAAAAGUGCUUACGACAAAGUGGCAGCAGGUUGCCCUGUCUAUGACAGCAACACAACCUUCCUGCCCCCAGGUUUCGACGGUGACUUCGAUGCCCUCCGCGAAACGCACAAGAAGUGCCGCAACUGGCUCCCUGAGAUGAAGCAGGAGUUUGAGAGUUGCCACAAGAUCCGCGACAGCCUCGUCAGCCAGGAGCAAGCCCUUUUGGACUCCUUCCGAGAUGUGAACAUCUUCGAGAGUCCCGAUGAAUGCACCAUCAGCGGAAAUGAUGUGCUGGCCUACUACGAGGCCAUGCGCGUGCACUUCAAGAAUCGCAAAGACACUUUCUGGGAGACCUAUUACAAGCUUGAGAAUGUCACCGUCAACAUCACCAAGUACAAGUGCAUCGAUGUGGAGGUGGCCUACUACGAGAAGGUCGCAGAGUGCGAGACAGCCCAGCUCAAGCUCGAACAGACGGCCUGCGAUGUCCACGAAAGGACCAACGAGUCGUGCAAACCGCUUCCCGACUGCUACGACGGCAACUGGCACUCGUAUAUGGAGGAGGUGACGUCAUCAAACGACACCAUCCAGGAUCUGAAGUACGAGUACCGCGCAAUUAAGCGCAUCCAAUGCCUGCUGGAAGCAUUCGCUGCCGACGACAUGGAUUCCAAGAUCGAUGAGUGCAUUAACACCAGGCACAGCACGGACGUGGUGAACAGCACUUGUGUGGACAACCAUGAGAACGUGAAGCAGCCCAGCUACACCAUGCCGGACGUCUGCAGCACUGGAGUCACCGCGAUCCUGCUGCCAAAUUCCAGCAACUAUGAUGCGACGGAGUACAGCUCGAAAGGUGGGCAGUUCUCUAGCAGGGCUCCGAAGAAGCCAAAAAAGACCAGGACCCCCAGUCUGAUGCACUUCGCAGAGUCGGCUCAAGAUAUGGGACCGUCAAAGGGAGCAUUACUACUGUUUGUGGCCCUGGCCUGCUGGGCCACUCGUAGUCCCUUUCGUGGACACAUCGUCACCAUGAGCACGACAUACUCGGUGCCACGCUCCGUUCAGGAAGGCUUCCGGCGGCACCCACGCCCGAUCCUUUACUUUGCUGGGAGCUUCAAUCCGCCGCACCACGGUCACCUCGAAGCGAUGUUUGCAGCAGCACGGAACAUCUCGCUGAAGGUGGAGGACGUCAUGUUCGUAGUAGCUCCCAAGAGUGAUGCAAGGCUUCGGCAGAAGAUGCAAGUGCAGGGCUCGUUCCUUUUUUCAUGGGCGCAGCGUGUGGAGCUAUUUCAACUACUCCUUGAAGAAGAGGGCAUGGCGGCCUGCUUCGACGACGGGUUCCGCAACUUCACAGGCUCUGCUAUGACCAUUCGCGUGCAAACAGAUCGUGCCUUUGCUGCAAUGGGCGCCAGGGUCUUUCGAGUCAUGGGCGAAGAUCGAGUUCGAGACCAUGGUGUGGAAGACGAUCCUCUGGUGCUCUCGACGCCUCGUGGCAGCCUUUCCUCAACUGAGAUCCGCCAGCGUCUUGUGCACGAUGCAGAUUCUUUGGUUGAGUUGGUUGGUCACCAAAUGGCCCAGCACUACCGGCGCUGCUUCGAAACAACCCAGGCAGCGUAG